AUGACUGUUCAAGGAAAGUACGACUGGCUUGGGAACCUGAUAACCACCACCACCACUCCAGGGCCCUCCACGACCACCCCCACGACCACCCCGACAACCACGACACUCACCACCACCACGACCACGCCGCUUCCAACUAUAAUUCCAGACAGGGAAGCUGGACCUCUCAAUGUCUUUGAGCGCUACCCCUAUCUGGUGGCUUUCCUCAACCGCUUUGCUCCUUGGAGCCUACAGAUUGACAAAGCAGCCACGGCCAUCUACCUGCCGAUCGGGUUCCUUGGUCUCACGGUGGCAGCCACCGUCUUAUUCAGCUGGGCUGCUCAGCACGACUUCAAGCGUCCAGGAACCACCUACAUCUACCAACAGUACCGAGAAAGGAAAAGGGGGAAGCUGAUUUUGCGGCUUCUCGGAUUGGUUUGUUUCCUUCUGCUCAUCCAAUGUGGCCUUCUACUCGUCCUCGACCUGGACGAACCGUGGGACUUAAAAGUGCUCACUUUUGUCCGCUCCACAUGCCCUCUCUUGCACACCUUCGAUACAGCCAAUAGGGCAGCUACAGCACUGACGAUUGUUCUGAUUGGUUGGCACGGCUACACCAUCUCCAAGCCGUUUCAAGCUGGAAGACAGGCGUCAAGGCGGCAUCGACUUUGCGGAAAUCUGGUCGUUUCUUGCAAACGCAUGUUUGGCAUUCUUCCGGCAGCCACAGCAGUUUUCCUAUUAUCGCUCGCGGCGGGAUUGGUUGGAAUCAACUACUGGCAAGUGACCGACAUCGAGGUCACACAACCCGCCCAUAGUCUGCAACUUCGCUGCACACCCGCUGGAGGGUACCAGUCGGGAUUUCAGUUUCACGCUAAUGCCACCCUCCUAUUCUACCAGUGGGCCGUGAACGUAGCAAUCUUUUGUCCGUCAUGCCUCACGUGCAUUGUUUGGGCCCUUGUUCUCUGGCGUCGACUUCUAACCAAUCAGAAUUCACUCGAAAUGGGGGCGCGUGUCGGAUGCGUCUGGAGUCAACGUGUCGUGCAUAGAGUUCAAUUGGUGGCUUCUGUCUGCGGUCUUUAUGGAUUGGCGAACCUGCCGAUUGUGGCUACACGCCUUCUCACGCUGAUGGCUACGCCCGGAGCCGCUGACCUUCCAGACCGCGAGAUCGAAAGAGAUCCGUCUUGGCAGCGGAUGCUACAGCACACCUUAGCGACCACAAUUUGUCGUGAACUCGCCGACGCCUUCACCACAGCACUGCUCCUGCCCGUUCUUCUCCUCUCGUGUAGGGCCUUUCGACGGCGAUUUCUUCAGCUCCUUCGACUCGACGGCACAGCGUCCACGCUGUCCCUGUCGAGGCGCAUUCGCUUGCCUUCACUCAAGCGGCUGCUUUGGGGCGAAUCGCGGAAACCGCGAGCUUUGGAGCCGCUGUCGCCGCGGUGGAGUUGGGGCAAGGGAUGGCGGCGAUCGUACUCGGUGCCGAUCUAUGCGGAACAGCCCGAUCCUGUCGAGGACCCAGAUGUGCUUGACGCCAUCGUGGAGCAGCACAACAAUGCAUACGCCGCCGAAGACGACCAGAUUAGUCACGCGCAGAAACAGCGAUACGUUAAGCAUGCGGUGGCUUCUUCGUCUAGACGCUGGAAUUCAAAUAGACGGUUGCCUUCAGAUAUGGACUUCCUGUGA